CCCUCCCUGCCACACAUUAAAGCACAAAGACGCUCUUUACGCGCUCCACUCCCUCAUCUACAACCUCCAUCAACGUUUCUGCUCCUCUCCUGGUUCAUCCUGCAAACUAGCCACCAUGGUUUCCCAUAGGGAGUUUGAAACUGCAGGGAAGGCGCCGGGGCUGCAGGUGUGGCGCAUCGAGAACAUGGACCUCAAGCCUGUUCCCAAGCCCCUGCACGGCAGCUUCUACACCGGGGACGCCUACCUGCUGCUCUUCACCACCUCGGCACCGUCGUACAGCAUUCACAUGUGGCUGGGCGAGGAGUGCUCCCAGGACGAGAGUGGGGCGGCGGCCAUCUUUGCCACACAGCUGGAUGACUUCCUGGGCGGCGGGCCGGUGCAGUUCAGGGAGGUGCAGAACCACGAGUCCAACACGUUUCUGGGGUACUUCAAGACAGGCGUCAAGUACCAGAAAGGAGGCGUGGCCUCCGGUUUCAAGCAUGUCGUCACCAACGACGCCAACGUACAACGCGUGCUUCACGUUAAGGGGCGCAGGUUCAUCCGAGCCACUGAAGUGCCGUUCGCCUGGUCGAGCUUCAACAAGGGAGACUGCUUCAUCAUCGACCUGGGAAAGGACAUCUAUCAGUGGUGCGGCAGCGAGUGCAACCGCUUCGAGCGCCUGAAGGCCUCCGAGCUCGCCAUCGGCAUCAGAGACAACGAGAGGAACGGCAGAGCGAAGCUGCACCUGCUGGAGGAAGGAGAUGAGCCGGCCGAAGUCACAGCGGUUCUCGGGCCCAAAACCGCCAUCGCUCCCAGCACUCCGGAUGACGACAAGGUGGAAGCUUCCAACAAGAAGAAGGGUGCCCUCUACAUGAUCUCAGAUGCGUCCGGUUCGAUGAAGGUGACGUCUGUGUCUCCUUCCAGUCCCUUCAAACAGGCCAUGCUGUCUCCCGAGGAGUGCUACAUCCUGGACAACGGCAUAGACAACAACAUCUUCGUGUGGAAAGGUCCCAAGGCCAACGCUUCAGAGCGUAAAGCAGCCAUGUCCGCAGGUCAGCAGUUCAUCAAGGACAAGGGCUACUCCAACAAGACACAGAUCCAGGUGCUCCCCGCAGGAGCCGAGACGACCCUGUUCAAGCAGUUCUUCAGCGACUGGAAGGACAAAGACGAGACCACCGGCCCCUCUAAGGCCUACACCAUCGGCCGCAUAGCCAAAGUGGAGCAGGUGCCCUUCGACGCCUCCACCCUGCACUCAAACAAAGCCAUGGCCGCCCAGCACGGCAUGGUGGACGACGGCAAGGGCAAGAUCCAGAUCUGGCGCGUUGAGAACGGCGACAACAUCCCGGUGGAUCCCGCCUCCUACGGUCAGUUCUUCGGGGGCGACUGUUACCUCAUCCUCUACAGCUACACGACGGGAGGCAGGGAGCGGCACAUCAUCUACACCUGGCAGGGGCUGAAGUGCACGCAAGACGAGCUGGCAGCUUCAGCGUUCCUCACAGUGAGAAUGGACGACUCGAUGGGAGGAGCCCCGGUUCAGGUGAGAGUGACUCAGGGCCAGGAGCCUCCCCACCUCAUGAGCCUCUUCCAGAUGAAACCCAUGAUCAUCCACAGAGGAGGAACGUCACGCAAAGGCGGCCAGUCGCAGGCCGGCAGCACUCGCCUCUUCCAUAUCCGUCAGAGCACCAGUCGCAUCACCCGGGCCGUGGAGGUCGAGCCCUCCGCUUCCAACCUGAACACCAACGACGCGUUUGUGCUGAAAACCCUGAAAGUCGUGAUGGUGUGGCAGGGCUUGGGCGCCAGCGACGAGGAGAUGGCGGCGGCCAAACACGUGGUGGACUUUCUGGGAGGAAGCGCCACCCAGGUGUCGGAGGGCAAAGAGCCGGCUGAUUUCUGGGCCGCUCUGGGGGGCAAGAAGGAAUACCAGACGUCCAAGAGUCUGCAGAACACGGUGAAACCCCCGCGUCUGUUCGGCUGCUCCAACAAAACCGGGAGACUCAUCGUGGAGGAGGUUCCAGGAGACUUCACUCAGUCCGAUCUGGCCACUGAUGACGUCAUGAUCCUGGACACCUGGGACCAGAUCUUCCUCUGGGUCGGCAAAGACGCGAAUGCAGAGGAGAAGAACGGAGCUCCAAAGAUAGCUAAAGAGUACGUGGACUCGGACCCGUCUGGUCGCAGAGGACUUCCCAUCACCACCAUCAAACAGGGAGCGGAGCCUCCGACUUUCACCGGCUGGUUCCAGGCCUGGGAUCCCCAGAUGUGGGACACGGAUCCGUUGGAGAGAAUCCGUGCACGUUUCUAAACACAAAGCUCCAGGCUCCUCCUCUCGUUUUGACUCCUUUACCUGCCCAACACUCCCUUCUGCUAUUUCUGUUCGUCUUAACUUUGACCCCUAAGUGCCAAAACCACUGUGAUCACUGUUAUUCGGCUGGAUGGCUACCUCUAUGCCUCGGUCACGGCGCAGUGCACCGGACUUUGUAAACAGGAGUGCAUCACAUCAGUAGUCCAGUGGUGUCCUCUGGUAGCAUUAUCUUUAAUUGGAAGAAGUGGUUUAUUGAUCUGCUGCAUCCAAUAGCUUGUUGCCUUUACGUCUUCAGCCGAUACGCACUGAGGCCCUGAUAUGGAGAGGAAAUAAGAAAGUAGGAAAGCCAUUUUAUGCACUUGGAGUAAUCCUCUAUUCGCUGUCACUGUAGUGCUCUCAUGGUCAGAAGAAGCCAUCAUGCUUUCCUUUCUGUUUGUCUUAAAAGUCUGUUUCAUAAUGAAGUAGUACAGCCUGCUGAAGCGGUUUCCUUCCUGUCUACACUUGUCUGCACGUCUGAUCUGGUACUAGAAGGUUGUACACUCACUAGAGGUUGCAUGCUGCAUUUUUUUUUAAUGUAUUCUGUGCUUGUGAAUUUUAAAAGGCAUACAGUGGCAAAAACUGUUGACUCUUUAUUAAAUGACCCUGAAACGCUCACAUGAAUGGCUCAAUAAAA